AUGAGUGGUUAUAAAUAGUAUGAUGAAGUUGAACCUUAUAGACAAAGAAUUCGAGAUCUGGAAGCUUAAUUGUAGAGAAUGGAUGUUCGAUUUAGCAACGUUUUGACUCAUAGUGGUAAAGGUGACACAUAAUUUAAUAACGAUUUGCAUGUAGAAUUAGAAAAAAUGACUAAAUAAAUGAUAUAGAAGAGAAGUGAAGCUGAAUUAUGGAAAUAGAAAUAUGAAUAACAAUUAUCAUAAGCUAUGUAGAUGAGGAAUAAUUAUGAAUUGGAAUUAUAACAAUUAUCAAAGGAGGUUCAAAGAUUAUUGGAUAAGAUAGAUCAAUUUGAAUAUGAGAAAAGAUUGAAUGAUAAAUAAUUAGUUAGAGAAACAUUAUAAGAUAAGGAUUUAGAGAUUGAUGAUUUAGUGAGUAAAUUGUAGAGGAUGAGAUUAGAACAUGAGAAUGAAUCAUAAAGACUUCUUAAUGAGAAUGAUAAUUUAAGACAUAAGAUAAAUUAAAUUGAAUUAGAAAGAUAAAAGUAUUAUAUAAUAAAUAUAAUUUAAUAGAGAGUUAGAAUAAAUGAGAUUUAAGAUAGAGACAUUUCAUUCUUAAAAUUUGGAUAAUUUAAGAAAAACUCAUCAAAGUUAGAUUUCAGUAGUUGAAUCAGAAAUAGAUAAAUUAAGAGGAUUGUUGGAAAUAAAAAAUAAUGAAAUUGAAACAUUACUUUAAUAAAAUAUGAAAUUAAAGGUUUCUUAUGAAAAUUAGAUAAAUGAAUUAAAUACUUAAUUUGAUGGUUAGAAAUCUAAAUAUUAGAAAUAAGAAAUUUAACAUAGAGAUUAAUUAGCAUAAUUAUAAUAAUAAUUGUUGGAUGAAUAAAAAUUUAGUUUAUAAUCACUUAGUAAGAAUUAUGAACAAAGUAUUUUUACUUUAGAAAAAGAGAUAUCUACUUAUUAAAAGAAAAAUGAAAAUUAUUCAAAAGAAAUCUAAGAUUUAACAACAGAAAAGACAUAAUUAAGAGAUAAUUAUGAAAGAUAAUUUGAUAUGUUAAAAAAAGAUAAUGAAAUUUUGAAAUAAAGAUUGGCAUAACUUGAAUAAACAAAAUUAAAAGAUUUAUAAUAAGUUGAAUCUGAAUUAUUAUAGACUAAAUAAUCAUAAAUAGAAUUUGAAAAUAUUUAUAAGAAGUAAGUAAUAAAAUUGGAAAAUGAAUUAUAAUUAUAAUAAGAAAAAGAGAUUGUAAAGAAUAAGGAAGUAGAAACUUAGAUUUAAUAAUUUAUAUUAAUUAAAUAAGCAUUGGAAGAAGAUUUAUAACAUUUAAGAUAAUAAAAUUAAACUUUAAAUGAAUAAAUAAAAGAAUUAGAAAAGAUUGCUUCAUUUGAAUAGGAAGAAUGGAAAGUUAAAUCCUAAUAAAAUGAAUAUAUAUUAAAAGACAAAAUUAGAAGUUUGGAAAAUAAGAUUGAUAUUAUGCAUUAAGAAUUGAGAAAACAAAAAGAAUUAACUGAUUCUUAAAUCAAAUAGAUUCCAGAAAGAGAAUUUAAAGCUUUAAUUGAAGAAAUUGAAUAAUUAAAGACUAGAUUGGUUUUAUAGGAAAGAGAUAAAUUGAAAGAAAGAGAUGAAUUAAGAGCAAAACUUGAAUAAUCACAUCAUUAUCAAAUAGAUAAUUUAAAAGCAGCCUUUAAUACUUAAAUAAGAAUUCUUGAAUAAGAAAAUAAAGAUUCAAACAAUAUAAUAAUAUAAAAAGAGAAUACAAUAUAAGAAUUAUUACACAAAUAUUAAAAUUUAGAAUCUGCAUAUAGUGGAUAAACAAUUGGACCAUAAGAAUAAGCAUCCAAAAAUAUAUAUUAAGCUUAUAUUCGUUCAUCAAAUAGAUAAUCAUCAUUACGUAAAUAAUAAUAAUGA